AUAAGAAAGAAGAUAUGCCUUCCUGACACAUCACGCGAACCUCCCCGAAGCUUUUACAAAGCACCAAAUUCCUUUGGCCCAUAGAUAGAAAAACAGGAGUUGCGUGAGGCCUUUCAUACUGACUGACAAGACACCGCGAUAGCCAAUCACAAGUAACCAACCGCCAUUAUGGAUACACAUGAGAAAGAAGAUAUGCCUUCCUCACAUAUCACCCGAACCUCCCUGAAGCUACGAAGCACCAAACUCCUCUGGCACUCUCCUCGGUAUAUAGAAAAACGAAAGUUGUGUGAGGCCUUUCAUACUGACUGACUGACACUGUGCAUUAUGGAUACACAUCAACCGAGACCCGUAACUCCACAGUCUCCUCACGGCGGCGGCGGCGGCGGCGGUUUUUCUGCGAUUCUCACAGUCUUCCUAUCCUUCAUCGCAAUCUUCGCCAUGAUAGUGAUUCCUUCAUCAUCAACUUUUAGGAAUGGUUUUUCCAUUUUGCACCAAGUCCCAGAAGGCUAUGUUGGGGUUUACUGGAGAGGAGGCGCCCUUCUAAAGAUGAUUACAGAUCCAGGUUUUCAUCUGAAGCUACCUUUUAUAACCCAUUAUGAGCCUGUUCAAGUAACCCUUCAGACAGAUCAAGUGAGGGAUAUUCCUUGUGGUACAAAAGGAGGUGUCAUGAUCAACUUUGAGAAGAUAGAGGUUGUUAACCGGCUUCACAAGGACUAUGUGCAUGACACUCUGCUGAACUAUGGGGUGAAGUAUGACAAUACAUGGAUAUAUGACAAAAUUCAUCACGAGAUCAAUCAGUUUUGCAGCUCUCACUCUCUUCAGCAAGUCUACAUUGAUGUUUUUGAUCAAAUUGAUGAAAAGAUGAAAGAUGCUCUCCAGGGUGACUGCACACGUUAUGCUCCAGGUAUUGAAAUCAUUAGUGUUCGUGUUACGAAGCCAAAAAUCCCGGAAAGCAUAAGACGCAAUUUUGAACAGAUGGAAGAGGAACGCACUAAGGUCUUAAUUGCUAUUGAGAAACAGAGAGUGGUUGAGAAAGAGGCAGAGACAAAUAAGAAAAUGGCUAUCAGUGAAGCUGAAAAGGUUGCAAAUGUGAGCAAGAUCCUUAUGGAACAGAAGUUGAUGGAAAAGGAUAGUGUCAGGAAGCAGCAAGAAAUCGAGAACCAGAUAUACAUGGCUCGGCAAAAAAGUUUGGCCGAUGCAGAUUUCUACCGUUUACUGAAGGAAGCUGAAGCAAACAAGUUGAAGCUGACACCGCAAUUUCUUGAGCUUAAAUUCAUCGAGGCCAUAGCUGAUAAUACAAAAAUUUUUUUUGGGGAAAAGAUACCUAAUAUGUUUUUGGAUCAGAGGCUGCUUGGUAACUUCCUGCAACAGUUAUCUAGGGAUGUGUCUGAAGAGGAGAAAUCAAUAGCUUAAUUUUUUUAAUCCUUCAUUUCUUUUUUUGAUCUGUCGUCUCUAUCAACAUAUUGUAAUACCUAGGUGAUAUAGAAAGUAAAUGUUGGUUGAGGCUUUCAGAAGGUUAUUUUUGUAAUAAAGCAAUUAAGGUUUCUUGCACCAAUUAGAAUUAGGGUUUAGUUUUGCCUGCAAGUUAUUGUAAUCCUUAUGGAGAUAGUUGAAAAUUUGGAUGAAUGAAAAAAAAGUAGCCUUUUUUCUUUCUUUGUUUUGGUAUUGACUCCAAACAUUUGUACGUGCUGACUUUACUGGUUUUCCUCGUUUGGUGCUGACUCCAAGCCAGACCUAGGUGCUAACUCCAAGCUAUUUCCAAAAAACGGGUCAGAUUGAAGGAAGCUGUGAUUUCUCAGGCACUGCCACUGUCGGUCAAACUGCCCCUACAGUAGCUUCUUCUAGUUGUGUUUAUCCAGCAAGCCCCAGUGAUUCAGAAAAGUGAUCUAGCACAGCUUCAUAUCUUCACAUUGUUAUCAUUACAAUCCUGAGCCUGCUUCUUAAUUACAGCUGCCAAACAGUAACAACCACAACUACAACUCCAACCACAACACCUACAACUCCAACCACAGGCACCACGACUCCUUUAGUAUUCGGCUCAGGAAUCAGCUCCACAGGAAGUGGCAAUACUGGCAUCAAUGACUCAAGUGCUACUCUACCUCUCAUCACUAGAGGCACUAUCCUGUUCUUUUCUCUGGGCCUGACCCUUUGGUCAGUGUUGCGGUGGGCCUGAUAAUACUACACCUAGUUCAAAAAAGAUGUGUGGACAAGAUGUGACCGUGAUAGAGCCUAGGCUUGUAAUUUGGAAUCAUCUAGAGGCAAUUCUCACUAAGGAAUUUAUUUUAUUUUAUUUUUUCUGUUGUCUUCCUCCUAUGCGAAAAAAAACAGAGCUGGGCUGUUGCUGAUGAAUUUGAUUCCUUUUUGAGUAGUGAUAUGACUGCUAUUAGGGUAGAAGAACCUGAUCUCUUCUUUUUAGAUUUUUCCUUUUUGUAUAUCUAGAGAGAGGCAGUAUUUUUUCAAUUUAAUGGAAUUUCACUACCCCACCUACUUAUAUUAGUUAA